CCCUACUACAGCUAGAGCCUGGAUUUGCAGCCUGGAUUUGCAACAAAGCAGACUUGCAUUGUUGCAAGGAGGGCAUUGUUGCAAGGAGAACUUGUUGGCAUUCUUUGCUCUUUUCUCAUUCAUUAGGAGCUCGCUUUUCAAGAUGGCGCGUAAGAAAACUAAGCCGACGGAGGCGCCUGAAGCCGAUGCGGCCGAGCCGCCGCAGGAGGGCACCAAAGGUGUCAUCUGGGGACAGCAGGUGAAGAAGCCCAAGACUGCGGGAUGGGUGGAACAACUAGACUGGCAUGAUGCGUCUCCCGCCAGCUUCGAUGAGUUCCUCACGGGCGCGGAGGAAGGAGGCUUCAUGGGCCUGGAAGAAAUCGACGGGGAGAUUUUUGACAAUUAUGUGGGGGGUGCAAAGAAGGGCACACCAAAGGAUGGAAAGAAAAGGAAAGCGGAGGAGGCUCUCGAGAGCGCUGUGGGGGCAAAGGGGGUGGUGACUGAGAAAGCUGCCAAGAAGAAGAAGGGAGCCAAGCUUGAUGUGGCUGCAGCCAGCGUAGAAAAUGCUCCGGAGGAUACUGAAAGCGCUCCCGGAAAGAACUUCGCUCCAGCCAAAGCAGCGGCAAAGCUGGGGGGAAAGACGGGGAAGGCAGGCAUGGACGGGACCAAAGAAGCAACGGAUGGGAAGGGGAAGGGGAAAGACAAAAAGGGGGACGCAAUGGAGAAGGCGAGCAAGCCUGUGUCAGGGGCUGCGGCGAAAGAAAACGGAUUGGGGAGUGUUGCGGCCUCUGUCAAGUCUGAGAAGGCUCAGAAGCCAAAGGCAAAGAAGAUGACGAGUUCGGAGAUCAAGAAGCGGAAGAAAGAGAAGAGACGGCAGCGGUUGGAGCAGCAGAGGGCGGGAUCGAAGCUGGACCCUGGACUUUUCAGGGGGGUAAAAACAGAGACGGUAGAGAUGGUGGAAGAAGGGGGGGCGGAAGAUCUUGAGAGCGCAGGAAUGGAGGCGGAUGCUGGUGAGGCGCCAGGUGGCGCGUCAGGAUUGGACGGUGCAAUGACGGGUGGUGAGGCGAAGGUUGAAGAAGAGAAGAGCGCUCCGCGUGAGGCGAAGCUCAGCAAAAGAGAAAAGGCGAAAAAGGCGAAGGGAAAAGAAGCAGGGGAAAAUGGGGGCCCUGUAGCGGCACCAACGGGUACGAAACCUGAAGAGGAUACGGAGGGGCAGACAGCUAGUGGCCCCCGACUCGUGGGACCGUCGGGCAAGAAAGGGUCGGCAAAAAAGCCGGAGGGGACGGUUUCUCAGCGAGGGGAAGGCACUGCAAACCAGCAGAGCAAGAAUGGGGGGUUGGAAACUGACGAAAAGGUUCAGAAGAAGAAGCGGAAGAUACUCGAAACGGGGGCUGAUGACGGUCCAGGAAACGAAGGGGAAGAAGAGGAAGAGGAGAUUGGAGAGGAGCGGAGAGGCAGCGGGGGGGCAGCGGGGACUCCGGAGUGCGAUGUCUCGGCAUGGGAAGAGUUUGGGCUGCAUCCGCUGUUGCUCAAGGGGCUGGCAAAGCUGGGCUUUUCGCAGCCGACGGAGAUCCAGAAGCAGUGCAUACCGGCAGCACUGACACAGGGGAAGGACCUCGUGGGUGCCGCUGAGACGGGCUCCGGCAAGACGCUCGCCUUCGGGCUGCCGAUCCUGCACCGACUGUUGCAGAUCGAGGAAAAGGAACGGAAGCUAGCGGAAGCGGAUCGCGCCCAGCGGAAGCGGAAUGGUCCGGAUGCGGACGGGAAGAAGCGCGGAAGUCCCCUGAGGGCGCUGAUCAUGACGCCGACGAGGGAGCUGGCGCUGCAGGUUUGCAGCCAUCUGAAAGCCGCGGCCCAGGAGACUUCUAUUCGGAUCGUCGCGAUUGUCGGCGGUAUGGCUGUGCCUAAGCAGCAGCGACUGCUCCGCUCGCGGCCGGCGGUCGUGGUCGGGACGCCCGGGCGCUUAUGGGAGCUCAUAAGCGAGGGGGAGCAGCAUCUCUUACAGGUGGACGAUCUCCGCUUCUUCGUCCUCGACGAAGCGGACCGUAUGGUCGAGAAGGGCCAUUUCAAGGAGCUCCAGUCCAUCAUCGACACGCUCCCGAAGCAGGGGGGCGCCCCGCCAGCCGAGUCCGACCCCCCGGAAGAGGACACGGUCGCCGAAACGCCCCAGACGAAACACGUGGCGCAACGCCAGACGUUCGUGUUCUCGGCGACGCUCAUGGUGCCCCCCUCGCUGAAGAAGAAGCUGAAAGGCGCGGGGAAGGCGCCGAUGCGGCGGGAACAGGGGCAAGUCGCGGCGCUGAUUGAGCGAGCGGGGCUCAGUCGCCGAGCCGCGAUUGUAGACCUGACCCGCGCCUCCAUUGUCGCCGCCAAGUUAGAGGAAGCCGCGAUCGAGUGCCUGGAGACCGAAAAGGACGCGUACCUGUACUAUCUGCUGAAGAUGCAUCCCAGCCGUACGAUCGUCUUCUGCACCGCAAUCUCCGCCGUCCGUCGCAUCGCGGCGCUCCUGCAGCUCCUCCAGGUGCGGUCGUGGCCGCUCCACGCCCAGAUGCAGCAGCGGCAGCGCUUUAAGGCAAUGGACCGCUUCAAGAAAGAGGAGCACGGCGUGCUGGUGGCAACCGACGUGGCCGCGCGGGGGCUCGACAUUGUGGGGAUCCGCUGCGUCAUUCAUUACCAGCUGCCGCUGUCAACCGAGAUCUACGUCCAUCGGAGCGGCCGGACGGCCCGCGCAGCAACGGACGGCGUGAGCGUGGCAAUCGUGUCGCCGUCAGAGCGUCCGAAGCUGAACGCGCUGUGUAAGGCGCUCGGGAAGGAGAGCGGCCUUCCGGAUUUCCCGGUCAAUCAAGCGUACAUGCCGGCAGUUCUGGAACGAGUGAAGCUGGCGAUCAAGGUCGACGGUUCGUUGCGGCAGCAGCAGCAGACAAAAGCGAAGCGCACCUGGCUCGAGAAGCACGCCGAGGAGCUGGGCAUCGAACUAGACGCGGACGAGCUGGAGGCGCAAUCCCGGACGUCCAAAAAGGGCAAGGUCCGAAUCGACGAUGACAAGGCCCCCGCGCCCGGGGACGCAAAAACGCUUGAGGCAAAGCUCCGCGCUCUAGUUAAGCAACCCCUUCAGCCACGUGCGAUGCACCAUACGUAUCUGGCCGGGUCGGGCAUAAGUGCGGAGACGGUGAAGCAACUUCAGCAGGCGGUGCAACGACCGGACGGGUCCGGCGCAGGGGCGAUUGGCUCCCUCGGAGAGGAGGCGCUCGACGCUCUGAGGAAUAAACGAGCAAAAAGAUGAUUCGAUACGUCGAUCUGAAAUCCGCUGAGUGGAGCGUUGGGGUUGACGGCCUCUGUCACGGAGCUUGUGAGUAUGACACCGAAAAGACGAUUUGAGUUCUGGCCGGCUUGGCAUGCAGUGGGAUCAAGAUUCUCUUCGAUGAAUUGCCGCUAACACUGUCUGAUUUCCA